AUGCCCAAAGCACGCCCUGAUCUGGGUCGUCGCCUACAGCGGGCGCGACGGCGCAACCCGAUUCGACGGCCAGAGCCUCGUGCAACAGAAGUCACACCACUUAUGACGACAGCGGAAGAAGUGGUACCUGUUCUUGCGAAGCUCGGCAUGGAUGCCACGGCCCCUCCGAUCGAGACGGGUGACAAGGUAUGGGCCUUGGCCUCUAUCGCCACUCUUUUGUCGGAUGAUGCUCAGCACCGACAACUUCUACUCUCACACCAGGUGAUUCCGCGCAUUCUUUAUGCGCUCAAAUCGGAUACCAAUUUGGAAGUGCGACGUGAGGCUAGCGGCGCGCUACGCAACUUGUGCCUGUGUGAUGACGAUACGCAGAGCAUUUUUGAUGAAAUGGAUCGACACGGCAUCGUCGAUGUGGUGCUGAGUGUCCUGAAGUGGGCCGCGCUUGGUUUGCAAAGUCACGAACGGCGUUUGGAGCGGGCUCAGGCGCCACUCAUUCAGGAGCGUGAGCGGCUCAUGUCUAAGCCACUGGACCAAAUGAACCGCAAAGAGCGGCGUCACAUGGCCAAAUUAGCCCAGGGCCGUCUUCCCUCGGCCACAGCUGGUGCGACAGCUGAGUUUGGUAAUGAUGCACACGAUGCACUGGACAUGCAUGCCUGGGGCUCUGAUGCACCAGCAUCGCUGCAGGCCAUGGAUUCGGCGGCGGCUCAGUGCCUUGUUGAAAUGUGCGAAAAUCUCGUCACUAUCAUCUCGUGCCUAUGUGCGUCGAGUGAGAAGCUGGGUGUGCAAGUGCUGCAGUGGUCGUGGACGAGCGACAGCACAGGGCGUGAAGGACUCGCAGCUUGGUUGUGUGAGGCCUUGUCCCUGGGUAUCCGUGCAUGUGACGCUGAGCAUGAUGCGGAGUUGGCCAAGCUGCCCGAGUGUGCUGCUGCUCUUGUGUCAUUGGGUCUGGCAAGCGCACAGGCUUUGUGGGUGCUCACGGAUCCAUCUUUGGGAUACGAAGACAUGCCGAGUGCCGUGUCUGGCACAGACAACGAUCGUUCGCGCGGACUGCGUCGUUUAGAUAUUCUUGUGCGUGCCUCGGCGUGCCUCGCGACGCAUGCCGCACCUCGCCCUGCGAUGCUCGGCGCCGCAGCCACGGGGGCGCUCAUGAACGUGUUGGCCGUGGUCGAGGUGGAAGCGCUUGCCUCUUUUGUGCAACAGGACGUGCCGACGCGUGUAACACACCUGCUAGCCGAAGCCAAUGCUGACGCUCUCAAAGAAGACGCGCGCUCCGCCCUGGAAGCUUGUCUGGACAUGGUGUCGGAUAUGGCCCGCGUCCUUCCACAGGAGGAGCCGCUUUCGAUGGUCUCAUCGCCCCUCGUUGAAGCGCUAUUACGCCUUGCCACGCCCUCUCAAGAGUCAUCCCAAGACAACGUCACGGCGUCUGCGCGCCGCGGCAUAGAGACGAGGGCCUUGACCGCUCUGAAUCAGGUGCUGUGGCAUACCGCCUUGCAUGCCCCGCCCCCGCCGUCGGAAUGGCCCACGGACGACGAGGAAGCACUUGCCGAGAUUCAUGCCUGGCGGACACACACUGGCUCGUUGUAUCUUGAGGGAGGCCAGCCAUGCUCUACGCCGACGUACGAGGCCCUUUGGCACAUAUGGCAGCGUGUGUUUGAGACAGCGUCGUUCUGGGCGGGUCUGGACAGUGUCGCCAACGCUGCGCCCGAGGCACCGUUGCCCAUGUCGAGCGUCGCGGGAGACGGUCUCGCCCAGGUAAGUACGAGCAUUGGGUGCCUUUGGUCUACGGCGCGCCUGCUAGAAGGCCAGUUGCCAUUGGUGCAGGAUGAUGCGCCUGCGCCACCUGUCACAGCGCUGACGGCUGCAUACCUCUCUGCACACGAUGCCUCGGUGCGAGUCAAAGUGCUUGGCACACUCGCUUGCCUGGCGCGGUCUCAGUUCUACUGCCGUGAGCCAGGUUCAUCGACGCCGCCGCCAGCCUAUGCCCAAGUGUAUCUACAUCUGGCUUCCUUCUGGGCCGAUGUGGCGGGACACAUUUCUGACGCCGAGACGCUCGCUGCCUUUGUGCAUGCGAUUGUCGAUACAUAUGCGGACGAGCAGGCACCUUGGGACGCUGCGUACCGCGACUCGCACCUGCACGAGCGUCUGUGCACGCUGGUACCGCAGUACAUGGGCGUCGCCAAACGUGUGCAUCGACGCACGGAUCCCAUGCUUCACAAAGCCGUGCACGAGAGCGUGGACACUUUGCGCGCCUUUUUAUCGUACCGACAGGAGCUUUAG